AUGUCACUGUGCAUAUGUUUUUUUUUUUCAGAUCGUGUCGGAGGAAGAACAUUAACUGUACCAUUGAAGGCAGCAAAUGGAGAAGAUCACUGGGAUUUGGGGGGUCAAUGGGUCGGCAGGUCUCAAACCCAUAUAAUGAAUUUACUACAAGAAUUGGGUGUAGAAACAUACAAACAAUAUACAAAUGGCACUAAAUUUAUGCAGCUGGGUGAUGUUCGGCCUAGAACCUAUCAAUCAGACAUUCCUUCCCUGUCAAUACUUGCCUUAUUAGAUCUACAGAACUAUAUUUGGAAGGUAGAAAAACUGAGAAAAAAAGUUAGUAUCCAUGACCCAUGGUCUUGUCCUAAAGCUGUUUAUUGGGAUUCCAUUACUUUGGAUACAUUUAUACAACAAAAUACAUGGACAAAAGGUGCCAGAGAUACUAUUUAUGCAGCCAACAGAGGUGUUUUGGGUAUGGAACCAUCACAAUUUUCAUUCUUGUUCUUUUUACUGUAUCUUGAUUCUGCCGAUGGUCUUAAGAACCUAACAGAAUGUACAGAAAAUGCUGCUCAAGAAUUUAAAAUACAGGGAGGUGCUCAACAAGUAUCCUUAAAGAUAGCAGAUAAAAUUGGUAAGAAUAAAGUCAAGUUAAAUCAACCUGUUACACAUGUUCAUCAGGUAAAACAGAUUAAAGAAUUACUAACAGCUUAUUGUUAUUUUUCAUCUCUUGUAGGUAGUAUACUAUUUGAGCCAAUGUUACCAAGUUCUAAAUUAGAAAUAGUCCGACAUUUCCAGAAAGGAAACAUGAUGAAAAUAAUCAUAACAUAUAAAGAGGCGUUUUGGAGAGAGCAGGGCUAUUCAGGAGAAGUUGUCAGUAAUGGUGGUUCUAGUAUAAUAUCAGAUUGUGAAACAGGGCCAAUAUGUUUAGUAUUUGAUGCUACCACUCAUAAUAAUAACCCAGCUCUAGUGGUGUUUAUAUCAGGCUAUCAAUGUGUUCAAUACAUGGAUAAAACACCAGAAGAAAGACAGAAGUCUGUGUUACAUCAGUUAUCUGUAUUUUGGGGAGGAAGUUGUUUAGAUUUUAUUGAUUAUACUGAACAAGAUUGGAAUAAAGAACCAUAUAUAGUAGGGGCACCUGUUUGUUGCCUAGCAACAGGAAAUAUGAGAUAUUUUGUGGAUGGUGUUAGAAAACCAUUUCAAAGAAUACAUUUUGCAGGAACAGAAUCAGCUACACAAUGGUGUGGUUAUAUGAGUGGAGCUGUACAGGCUGGAAUUCGUACAGCUGUAGAAAUCCUGCAAGAAAUACGACCACAGUCUGUUACUGUGGAUGAUUUACAACAAUCUGGAAUAACUUAUCAAAGAACUGUACAGUAUACACUAGGAUCAAGAAAGUGGUUCAAAUUAUCAGCUGGUUUAAGUGGAAUUUUAAUAUUGGGAUUUCUUCUCAGUAAAAAAUGGUGCUUUACCUUGAAAUGA